AUGAACCAAGUCAAAAGGCAGACAACUGAGGUUUUGGCAAGUCUUGACAGGAGGACCAGAGAGAUAAUGGGCAAUUCAUCUGAACUAGGGGUCCUAAAAGAUGGCCAAGUUCAAACAGAAUUGCUGCAUAAAGCUAGGAUGAGAAUAGCAGUACAGCUACAGCAAUGCUUGGCAUCACCCGGUGAUACCUUGAACUUUGGUUAUACCUCAAUUUCCGAAUAUGAAAUUGACUGGGCCGCCCUGACCAUUGCACAUGCCAUGGUCAACCCUAUCAAUGUCAAUUGGGAUGUAGACCGAUAUACUGACAAGGUCAAUUUGUCACAACCCAACAGGGAUGGGUCAGCAACUGCUGAACCGGAGAGACUGAAGAAGUUCUUCCCUGAGGCUGUGCUCGGCAAAAUUUCAGUUCCAGCAACCAUCGUGGACAGGCACGGAAAAAUUUUGGUAGUUCAUCUCCCUGAUAUUUUGACAGCUUCUCGCAUAGAGCAUCUCAAUCACAUCACUGGUGGCUUGAGAGAAUCCCUUCUCAAAACUGUUGAUCCUAAAGAUGUCAACAAAUGUUGGAGAGAUGAUGGAUAUAUGGUUCUAGCUGAAGGAGGGGAAUUUGGGGCUGGUAGAAUUACAGUAGCUCCUGCAUAUUUCAUGCAAAGACGGGAGCGACGAGUGGAUCCAUUGGUGACCUCAGAGUCUUACAAAUCAGAGAAGGUCCAACAAUGGUUAGCUGCCUUGACAACAUCAGAAGUUCUAUGGAAUGUCAUUACUGGAGUUGUGGCUCCGGAUCUUUUUCAAGCUAGCAACUCUGCAUUUUCUCAGGCCAUCAAAGAACCACAGAGAUGCUGGUGGAUCCCCAUCCCUUUUUGA